UAGACGGCGGGCACACCCGACGGUCACACCAGCACGCACUAUUAUUUUCUUCUUUCUCUCGUUGAACUUAUAAUUUUCCGUAAAUUGUGAAAUAAACAGUCCCAUAAAGAUGUCGCGCCACCGAAUAGUGCGCACGAUGGACUACAACGACGAGUACGAUGGGUAUGACGAUAUCUAUGGCCACUCGGUGGAGGACGAGCACUGCAUCUCGCCCACGGAUGCGCAGCAGUGGCUCUACGAUCGUGCCCGUGGCCAGCAGAGCAUCUCGGCCUUCAUCAGCAAGAACAAGGAUAUUCAGGAGGAAGACGACGACGACGAGGACGAGGACACCGCCUUCGAGAAAGCCCGACGUGAUUCCGAGAGCUUCCAGAUGCCGCAACUGGACGAUAUCGAGCAGGCCAAGUUAAGUUCCUGCGUGGACGAGGUGCGCAGCGUGGUCGGCGACGCCGUGUCCGAGCGCCGUAUUGUAGAGACCUCCAUGAAGUUUGACUAUAACAUGCAGAAGAUCCUGGACGAGAUCCUAAACGAGGAGACCCAAAAGAAGCCCACCACAAGUCGGGCCAAGGCUGCCGCUGCCGCCGUCGCUCCGCUGAUCGCCAAGACCUCAAAGACGGCACCAACGCCACCGCCGAAGAUUAGUCUGAAGGAGCCGCGCCGAGGUUUCGAGAUAGCUUCGCCCAAGGUUCCCUCCUCGCCUGUAGUCUCUGGCCGCAACACACCCGUUGACAUCAACAGCGACUGCGAUCUCUCCCGGAGCUCCGCUUCUCUGUUCAAGGUCUCCAAGGAACAGGCACUGCGCAACGCCAGACAACUGUAUGAGAAGGAGCGCGCCGACCAAAAGAGCCACAUCCACAUGAUUGUCAUCGGCCACGUCGACGCCGGGAAGAGCACCCUAAUGGGCCACCUACUAUACGACACCGGGAACGUGUCGCAGCGUGUAAUGCACAAACAUGAGCAGGAGUCGAAGAAGCUGGGCAAACAGAGCUUCAUGUACGCCUGGGUGCUAGAUGAGACGGGUGAGGAGCGGGCCCGCGGCAUCACCAUGGACGUGGGCCAGUCCCGCAUCGAGACCAAGACCAAGAUUGUCACCCUGUUGGACGCUCCGGGCCACAAGGACUUCAUACCGAACAUGAUUUCCGGCGCCACGCAAGCAGAUGUUGCGCUCCUCGUGGUGGAUGCCACCCGGGGAGAGUUUGAAUCUGGCUUUGAACUCGGCGGACAGACGCGGGAGCAUGCCAUCCUGGUGCGUUCGCUGGGAGUGAACCAACUGGGCGUGGUUAUCAACAAACUGGACACCGUCGGCUGGUCUCAGGAGCGUUUCAACGAGAUUGUGACCAAGCUCAAGGCUUUCCUUAAGCAGGCGGGCUUCAAGGAGUCCGAUGUGACCUUCACACCCUGCUCGGGGCUGACUGCCGAAAAUCUUACAAAGCAGGCGCAGGAAUCCGCCUUGACCAGCUGGUACAGUGGACCCCAUCUGUUGGAUGUCAUCGAGAACUUCAAGAUCCCCGAACGUGCCAUUGACAAGCCUAUGCGCAUGUCCGUUUCGGACAUUUACAAGGGCACCGGAUCUGGCUUCUGCAUUUCUGGACGAGUGGAGACGGGAGUGCUGUGCCUCAACGACAAGGUUCUGGUAGGUGCCAGCCGGGAGCAGGCACAGGUCAAGUCAAUGACUAUGGACGAGUUCCCCCAGACGAGUGUCUUUGCCGGCGAUCAGGUCUCGGUGACUCUGCCUGCGUUGGACAUCAACAACGUGACCGUUGGCUGCAUCAUCUGCGAUCCCCAGACCCCUAUUCCGGUGACCACACGCUUCCAGGCUCGCAUCAUUGUGUUCAACGUGAAGGUGCCCAUUACUAUGGGCUUUCCUGUGCUCCUUCACCAUCAAUCCCUGAUUGAACCCGCCGUGGUGUGCAAGCUGACGGCCUCGAUCCACAAGAGCACCGGCGAGGUGGUGAAGAAGAAGCCACGCUGCCUGGGGAACAACUCCUGUGCCCUCGUGGAGCUGGAGACAAGUCGGCCAAUCUGCAUCGAGCGAUACGCCGACUUUAAGGAGCUGGGACGAGUGAUGCUGCGGGUGGCGGGCGUCACCAUUGCCGCCGGAAUGGUCACCAAGAUACGCUGAGAUCCGCCCACAAGCUGAAUUUUGUACGAAAUUUUAGUUAGAUACUCUCACUUUUGUUGUUUUACUAAAUAUAGUUUAUAUGUACGCAUUGAUUAAAUCAAGAACACGCUGGAGCUGUGGAAUUGACAA